UAACCUUGUUACACACUUGUCAUAGACAUUCUCAGCUGAUAACACGGGCUGAUACAUUAUCUUGGUAUCGAAUACACGAUCUGUGCACGUUUGGAUAGAACAUGGCGGAAAACGUCAGUGGAAACGACGGAAUAGAGAACGUCAAUUUUGACUACAUGAAUGAAUACGAUCACAAAUUCGCGAUUUCGGCCGAACCGUCAAUCCAAGAGGAAAAUCACCGAGAUGAUGACGAAGAAAGUCAUCAUCAUCAUGAGGAGCUACCUGAGCAUUAUGAAUAUCACUUGAAUAAAGGGAGCCAACAUCAUACUAAGGAACCAAUCAACCUUGAUGUGCAUGGAGAAGAACCAGGUUGUGGGUUGGACAGCGAUAAAUGGUAUGGCAAGUGCGCCAUCUUCUGGGGAAACCAUUUAGAAUGUCGCUCACUUGCAAAGUUUGAGAUUGGACUGAAGAGAGUAAGCAGUAGAAUUAUGAUGGGGAUUUUGUUUUGGGCUUUUUUCUGGUCGAUCACAGCGUUAGGUGGUCGUUAUGCACUACCGGGUGGAAGUUUAUUCGGGAUCUUGAUGGUGUUUCUAUUUGGAAUUGUUGCCGAGAAUUUAAUCGUGUUAAUUCCCCUUCCAUUUAACCUACCACCUCUACCACCACUGCUGGCGUCCUUAUUCACUGGAAUCAUUCUGGCCAACGCUUCAGGAAUAGCUGUGGCGAAAGCAAUAGAUCCAGAUUGGUCGUUUACCUUGAGGCAAAUGGCGCUCGGGGUUAUUCUCGGGGAAGCUGGUGUCGAGGUCGACAAAGAGAUGAUGAGAAAAUUGAAAACGGUUGUUCCAAGACUCUCGUUCUCGCCUUGUAUCAUCGAAGCGUUAUCAUAUGGCGUGUUUUCUCAUCUCAUUCUUGGUUUGCCGUGGAUUUGGUCGUUCAUGCUCGGAUUUGUAUGCGGUGCUGUAGCGCCCGCGUGUGUCGUACCUUCAAUGAUUAAGUUUCAAGCCAGAGGACUCGGGGUAGCUCAUGGUGUACCAACAUUGCUGAUGGCGGCAGCUUCCAUUGAUGAUAUUAUUGCUAUCAAUGGAUUCAAUAUUUUGCUUACAAUUCCAUUUUCCGACGGUGGCAUCGGAUACGACAUUCUGACAGCUUGCUUUGAAGUCUUUUUUGGAAUUAUAUUCGGGUUGUUUUGUGGUUUGUUGAUGUGGUUUUUCCCCGAUCCCAGACAGCACAAUAUUGUACGGGAUAGAACUGUUUUAUUGAUUGGCACGUCAUGGUUUUUGAUUUUCGUAACGAACAUAAUAGAAGUACCUGGUUCUGGUACAUUGGGGACACUGACAUGUUCAUUUGUGGCAUCUAUAGGUUGGCCUGAAGAACAAGUGGAGGAAGUCGGCAAAAUUUACAAGUCAUUGUGGUUCAUGUUCCAACCGUUGUUGUUUGGUCUUACUGGUGCAAAUGUCAACCUAUCAGAGAUGGACGGUCACACUGUGGGUCUUACAGUAGCGACAAUGAUCAUUUGUUUGACAAUUCGGCUCACGGUGGCUGGGAACGCAGUGUCUUUCCUAGGUUGGACACACAAAGAGAAGUUUCUUACAUCUAUCGCAUGGAUUCCCAAAGCAACAGUUCAGGCUGCUAUUGGCGGUACAGCGUUGGAUUAUACCCACACACUUUGCGAUGGACUGGUUUGGCCACCUCUGUGUUCAAAUGGCACAGCUACACCUACAGCAAACUAUGCAGCGAUAAAUGCAACCGAGCAAACGUAUCUUCCCUCAAACACCACAUGGAAUGCAACAACCAUGGCUCUUACUACAAAGCCUACAACUACAACAACAACCACAACAACACUGGAAACUACUAUUAAUGGAACUCAGCCAUAUCACACAACACCCGAACCAGAUUGUGUGGAGAAUUACGACAAAUAUCCGGCCACUCCAACACAGUGCACUCAUUACUUCAAAUAUGCAACAAUUAUUCUACAAGUGUCGGUCAUUGUUAUUAUAUUCACUGCACCGAUUGGAGUUUUCCUUAUUGGACUCGCAGGACCUAAGUUAUUGACAGUUGGUUCACCAGACGAUGAAGAAAACGCUAACUCGAAGAACAAUUCAGACGAGAUAGAAAUGGGCAGUAUUGAUGAAAAGAAGGAAGGUUACGCUAAUGAUAAAGUGUUUGAAUCUGACGAGUCGAUAGGUGGCGCUACACCUCCACCAAUUUACGAACACGUUGGGGAGACGAUCGAGAAAACUCAUCUGUAAAAAGAUCGCCAUUUUAAUUGCGGAUGGUACUUUAAUUUGUUGAUACGAAUAUAUAAAGAAAUGUUGGUAUAUGGCGCUUAUGUAAAUAUAUUUGAACGGUUUUGGUAAACUUGAUUUUUUUCCGAUAACUUUAAAAGUACGAAUAAUUAAAGUUCAGGAUAUGUAUACCGGUGUUUCAAAUUCUUAAACAAAACUUCAUCCAUAACAUUAUUUUAUUCUAAUAAAAUUCGACUUUAUUUUGUUUGUAAUUUUGUUUCUGUAAAUAAAACAUUCUAUAAAGUGUAUAUUUAUUCGGUGUCGGGUUUGACAACAUAUAAGAUGCCAUUGCUUUGCCUUAUCCCCGCCUACCCAAGCUGGCCGCUUAAGCUAUGCCGAUAU